AUGAUUCUCGAAGGUUUGGUCUCGAUUCACGACCAUGGCUAUGUUCACUGCGACAUCAAACCAGACAACUUACUCCUGUUCCCUUCUUCGAUAUCAUCGUACGAGCUCAAGAUUUCUGAUUUUGGCAAAACGUUAGAGGUGGGAGAGGUUCCUAAAUUCUGGGAAAGUGAGUUCCCAUGUUACUGGAGAUGGGAAGGUUUGGUACUGGAGAUGUACACUGGCGUGAUUCCUUGGGAAGGAGUUAAUCUCGAUCUUCUAGCGACUCGUCUCCGUCGUGGCAAAGCUCCCGAGAUCCCAGAGAGUUUACCUUCCGUUGCAAAGGCUUUCAUCGAAACUGUUUCUCAAGGAAUCCUGAGAAGAGAGGAAGCGCUUAUAAAUUGCUGUCUCAUCCGUUCUUGCCUCGUCCACAAGUUGAAGAAGAAGACAAGUAACUCGUUUCUGUUGAAGUUGUUUUAA